AUGGCGUCUACAGAAUCCAAUUACCGAUCCGAGCUCUCGGGCUUUCGAUGGGCGCAAGGCAGGACCGACGAUUCUCGACCCCAAAACGCAUCCGGUGGGCCGACGAGCUAUCUAUCGACCAUCACAAAUAGCAUCUCGGGCUAUGUUCCAUUACGAUCCAACGAGCGCACCAACGAGGAAGAAGCAUAUCUCAGCUUGAGCCGGUGGGAGAGAUUCCUCGGCUUCUUGGCAUGUAUCGCUGGUGCGGCAGUGUGCUUCUUCUUCAGCUUCAUCUACCUCUCACCACCCAUUCUUGCGGUUCGACCGCAAAAGUUCGCGCUCGCCUUUUCGCUCGGCAGCAUGCUAUUCAUGAUUGGCUUCUCGGUGCUUUCUGGGCCAUUAGCACACCUCAAGCACAUCUGCAGCAAGGAGCGCUUGCCGUUUUCGAUCGCCUACUUUUCAUCUCUGGGCCUCACUAUUUACUUUGCUGUAGGCCCGCGCAAGAUGCUCCCGACGCUCGUGUUUGCUAUUGUUCAAGUGGGUGCGCUCAUCACCUACCUUGCGGCCUACUUCCCUGGUGGCACCACGACUUUGCGGUACGGUGGAAGCAUGUUGCUGCGCGGAGGAGCGUCGCUGUUGCCGAUCUGA